UAAUUAUGUCAUCACAUGAUACACAAGACAUUCACUCACACACACCACACAGCCGGUCAGUCAGUCACACCUGCACACAUCCAUCCAUCCGUCCGUCCGUCUGCUUCGUCCCUCCGUCACUAAGACAGCAUCCCUCCCUCCUACGAAUGCAGCCCAGGCCACUACUAUUCUUCCUCCAUCAUAUCAUCAUCAUCCCCGUGGCCCUCCCCCUCGUCAGAUGCGUCGCCAACACCACUGGCCGACCCCUCGCCACCGUCACUCUCCUCUCCCUCGUUUAAGUCAUCCUCACUGCUAUCGUCCGACGCCUCGCUAUCACUCGGCCCCGCGGGCGGCUGGAAUGCGGCAGCAAGAGACUCGAAGCCCCCACCGCUGCCCACAUACCCCAGCUGCUGCCAUUGGAACUGGCAGUCGCUAUCGCCGAGGUGGGUGUUAAAGCCCUUGACCACCCCCUCCACACCGUGCUGGGCCGCCUCGUCCAGCCGGGCCCUGUGGACCACCUCACGCACACCCAACCUGCGGCCACUCACCCCGCCUGGGACGAAACACUGCAAGGGCGGUCCCCUCUUCAUCUGCCCCUGGCUGUCCCUCUUCUUGCUGCCCCUGCUGCCCACCACCUGCUGAUUGCCCGCCACCUGCAGCGACGCCGCACACUGAACAAACACAUCCAUGGCCUUGUUGAUGCGCCGGCCGAAGAGCGUCGCGUUGUGGACGGGGCGGGGCGUCUGCUCAAGUGCCGAUGGGUCGACGAAAAAUGACGCCACCCGCCACGCCACGCCGACAUAUCCCGACCGGCCAGCGGCCUGACGUCGCUAUCGCCGUCUGCGGGCGACUCCGAUGUGCCUUGCUCGAUGGUGUUGGUGGGCUGGGGAGAGGGGGAGGGACAGGGCUGUCGGGGGAAGAGUGUGUCGAGCUGUAUCUUGGUCAUCUGGGGAAGGGCACACGUCAGCAGGGCCGCCAACUCGCGCUGAGGUCGCAGUGCGGCGUUGAUGGCCGACAUGGCAGCAAUGGGCACCUCGUUGAGCACUGUGGCGUAUUCGGUCAGCACCAGACGCCGACGACGGCGGUCUCGCUCAGUGGCCGUGCGGAGCCGGGCGAUGUUCGCCCCCGCCUGCAGCAGCACAAGGAUGGUGCUCUUGAGAUGGGGAAUCUCGCUGGUGGCUUCGUCCUUGUCUGCCGCCUCCGUAGUGUCGUCGUCUAGCAGCUGAGUCUGGUCAUCGAGCCUCCUGGCAGCCUCCGAGAGGGGCGUGCGGCUGGGGUCAUUGAACCUCCCUCUGUUGAUGUCAGUGGCCGUGAGGCGACGGCAUAGGGAGGCAGCCACACGGUGGGAGCCGGAGUAUGCCGCACAGUGCAAUGGCGUCCAGCCAUCGUCGUCCACUGCCGUCAUGUCCGCCCCAUUGGCCACCAGCAGGUCGAGGUAGCUGUCGAUGAAGGACUGGGACCACACGGGACGGGUGAAGGCCACCCAAUGUACCGGAUUGCCGCUAUACCGUGCAUCAGUCUCGGCUGCGAGGGUGGGGGCGCGAUCGAGGAGCUGCUGGUAGAAGGACAGCAAAGUUGCCUCGUGGUCCUCGGUGGGUUUGUCCGUCUCCAACGUGGCUGGCAGGUCCAGCACCUCUCGCCCAUGCAGCUGCAGCCCAUCCUGCGUCAUGAGCAGACGGAAGGCCGUCUCGUUGCAGGAUGCGAUGGCCACACGGACGGGCGUGGCACCCGGGCAGUCGUCCCCGUCCUCGUCGGUCGGGAUGGCGUUGAUGUCCGCACCUUCCUCAAUCAGGCUCCGCAUGACGCCCUCCUGCAGGCCGCGGGUGCGCCACAGCGGCAGAGCGACGGGAACGCGCCGAUCAUCGCCGUCUGCUGCCGAGAUGGAUGAGAUGCGGUACUCGGUGAGGUUGUCAAUGCACAGCGACAGCAGCGGAUAGUCUUCAUGGAAGGCUGUAGUGCCCUCCAUCCGCAGCUGGGGCUGCACAUUGGGGUCGGCUCCCUGCUGUCCAACGAGGUCCGUCGCUUGCUGGGCUCGGGCGAUGUUGCGGCACAGGAUGCCCUCUGACAGCUGUCUGGUCUCAUUGCUGAUGCCGGGAGGGACACCGGCGUCGAGUUCGUUGCCCGCCAACCACCCAGGGGGCAGAUCAUGGGUGCCCUCACUCAUUCGCCUGCACCACCGCACAGGAAAAACACUCAUUCGCAUCGAAGCACCAGCCCCCCUUCGAUCUCCAUGUUCUUUGUGUGCAUACUACCUCAGUGUCUGGCCAUCUAAGUGCGCCGCAUGAGGUCAACGCGGUGCGGCGCCAUCGCCUCGCGUAUCACUCCCGACUAUCCGUCUGUGGGGAUGAUUCAAUGGCGAAGAUGAAGACGAAGCACACAAACGCUGACAAACGCGACGAGAGAGAGAGCGG